AUGGCUAUGCGACCAAUCACUCGAUCACCUCUUCUACUCUUAACACUCAGCAUCUGUUUGGCUCUACCUGUCUUGGCGGUCUCCAUCCAUGUUCUAUCUAUCUAUCAUUCUGAGCAUACGUCAAACCCCUGGUGGCUACCCGUCUGGCACGCACACUUCGAUACUCACGGUCUGAUUGCUGUCAUCGUCUGCUCCUGCAUUAUUUUCUCUUUCGACAUUAUCUCUGUUGGUUUGGUGGUUGCCGGGAAUAAGACUGGUGGCAAGAGCAAAAUAAUCAAAUGGGCGACAGUGGUGUUUAUAUCGAUGGCUACAAUUGCAGCGCUAAUCGCUUUGAUCAUGCCUGCAGUUGCCAAUGGUACAGCACCUAGCAAGUCGGAUACCGUUCAGACCUGGACCUGCAGAUGGAAGGGUGCUGUUGGUGCGCCAGAGAACUUUGGACCUUUGUGUCGAGAAAGUCAAUUUUCCUCCUAUGCUCUCAUCCCACUCUUCGUCAUUCACCUAUUGCUCUUGGUACAGAGCAUCCAAGAUGCUGUGGCUGCACCUCGACCAGAACCACCAAUGCUGGACGAGGAGCUGGUCAUCAUUACCAAAAGUGUCGAAAUUGCGACUACAGAUUCUAAAAAGAGUCCAAGCAUUCACUAG